UCCGUAAUUACACCCCACCAAAUCUAACGCAGGAAAAAGCGCGAGGCUCAAAAUUUCCUUUCUCACUGCUUUAGUUUUUUUCGACUUCCCGAAAGUUUUAUGCUUUUCAAGAAACGUCAAAUAGCGCAAUGCGUAUCUGUCAGCCCGCUCGGGAAGGUUGAAUCUUGGGAGUUGGGAUUGGAGAUGGAGACGACGACGACGACGACGACGGCAGCCAUGCACAAGAAAGUGGGCAGCACCGGCAGCGACAGAUCGUCGAUGGAGAGGGAGGGGUCGGAGAGCGACAGAGAAGGAGGGAAAAGAGAGGUCUUUGAGUUCUUCGGGUGGGUUUAUCAUCUGGGCCUGAACUCGAUCGGGCACCAGUAUUGCCACUUGAGGUUCCUGUUCAUCCGAGGCAAGUACGUGCAGAUGUACAAGCGCGAUCCUCACGAAAGCCCCGGCAUUAAACCUAUCAGGAGGGGUGUUGUGGGGCCCUCACUUAUGGUGGAAGAGCUAGGGCGUCGGAGGGUCAACCAUGGGGACGUUUAUGUUCUGCGGUUUUAUAAUAGGCUAGAUGAGACGAAGAAAGGAGAGAUUGCUUGUGCCACUGCUGGAGAAGUGCAGAAGUGGAUGGAGGCUUUUGACCAUGCCAAGCAACAGGCUGAGUACGAGCUGUCAAGAGGUGGCAGUGCCAGGAACAAAUUGAGUAUGGAGACAGAGAUCACUCUAGAGGGCCACCGACACAGAGUCAGGCGUUAUGCCCAUGAAUUGAAGAAGCUUAUUAGAAUCGGACAAGGUCCAGAGAUGCUCCUAAGGAAAUCAUCGAGGUUGGGUAUCGGAGUGGGUGGAAACAAUGGGGGGGAUGGAGGAGAUGCAAUAGAAGCUAAUGAGUGGAAAUGUAUUCGUACAAUGAAUGGUAUUAGAAUCUUUGAGGAUGUUGCUGAGUCCAAGAUGAGAAAAGGUGUUCUUGUGAAGUCUGUUGGUGUUGUUGAUGCCAGUGCAGACACUGUAUUUGAAGUGCUUUUAAACCUUGAGCGCCAGCGGAGAUAUGAGUGGGACCCAUUCACUAGUGAUUUGGAGUUGGUAGAAUCUUAUGACGGCCACUACGAUGUUGUUUAUGGGACAUAUGAUCCAAAAUACCUCACCAGGUGGCAGUCUAAAAGAGAUUUUGUUUUCUCCAGACAGUGGUUCCAUGCCCAAGAUGGAACAUAUACUAUCCUGCAACUUCCAGUUGCCCAUAAAAAGCGACCUCCAAUAUCUGGAUAUCGGCGUACAACACUUAAUCCAUCAACUUGGGAAAUCAGAAGUAUAAAUACACCAAUGGGUACAAAUAUAGCAAAAUGUCUUGUGACACAAAUACUGGAGAUACAUGAAGUAGGAUGGACGAGAUGGAAGAACAAUCAUUGCUCAAAGUUUGAGAAGACUAUACCCUACGCUUUAAUGUGCCAGGUGUCAGGUCUGAAGGAAUAUAUAGAAGCAAAUCCAUCACUAAAGGUGCAGUCUUCUAUGGCAGUUGUUCAAUCAAAAGUUUCUGAUGUUUCGAUUUCCAAUAGCGAGUAUGAGGAGCAAGACGUGCGGGAUGAGUUUUAUGAUGCAAUUUCAGCUGAUUCAUCAUCAGAAGAGGAAGAGAGCGAUGAUGAAGAACUUGAUCAUCAGGUGGCAAAAGUGAGGCUGAAGAAUGUCUCCUGGGCCAUUGCAGGCUUCGCUAUGAAGAAAAGCUUGGUUGUAGGUGCCUCUAAGGAAUUAGAUGCCAAUAUAGCUCCUGCCCCUAUUGAUCUGAGCAAUUUUCCUGGUUCCCUGCGCAAGGGUAAGGACGAUUCUGAUACAAACUGUUGGGCAUCUCCAAGUGGUGCUGGCUUCAUGAUUAGAGGAAAGAACUACCUAAAAGAUAACACUAAGGUGAUAGGUGGUGACCCACUUCUCAAGCUCUUAGCAGUUGAUUGGCUCAAAGUGGAUGAAAAGAUUGAUAGGAUUGCCCUGCAUCCUAAGUGUCUUGUUCAGUCAGAAGCUGGUAAAAAGCUUCCCUUCAUCCUAGUAAUUAAUCUCCAGAUUCCAGCGAGACCAAAUUAUAGCUUGGUUAUGUACUAUGCCAGUGAUAGGCCUGUAAAUAAGGAUUCUUUAUUGGGUAAAUUUGUGGAUGGAAGUGAUGCUUUCAGGGACUCCAGAUUUAAGUUGAUUCCAAGUAUUGUUGAGGGAUAUUGGAUGGUCAAGCGUGCAGUGGGCACGAAAGCUUGUCUAUUGGGGAAAGCUGUUACAUGCAAGUAUCUCAGACAGGACAACUUUUUGGAAAUCGAUGUGGAUAUUGGAUCAUCUUCUGUAGCAAGGAGUGUCAUUGGUCUUGUACUCGGCUAUGUCACUAGCAUAGUUGUUGAUCUCGCAAUUUUGGUAGAGGCCAAGGAAGAGAGUGACUUGCCUGAGUACAUUCUUGGGACCGUCCGGCUAAACCGUCUGACACCCGACUCAGCUUUACACUUUGGAGCUUGAGGAUUCCAUAGAUGCAUCUUUGGGAAUAUAUGAGGACCUUAGGCCAACACAUGAGCGAAUAACCAUGAGAUUCACCGGUAUAAAGUGUUCAUUGAAUUGGUUCAAUGCCAAAAUCUUGCUUUGUACUCAUAUGAAGUCGGUAAAUAUUAUUAGGCAGCUCCAAGUUAUUCAUUGCUAGUCCUUCUCA